UUCCCAGACGGUCUUCUCCUCCUUCCUCCUCUUUCUCCUCAUCACCCUCUUCCUCCUCCUCCUCCUCUUCCUCCUCCUCCUCCUCCUCCUCGCGGGGCCGGUAAGUAGCAGCAGCACGCGCCGUCCAUCUUCUCCCUUCCUCCUCGCUGUAUCGGACUGCAUGCUGCGUUCACGACCAAAACGCAGUGACCUCACAGGGCUAACUGCUAGCUGAGCAAACGUCUUCAUAUGGUGUUUGUGCGUGUGAGAGGUCAUGUCGGGAAUGACGAGCGGCGUGUGUGUAGAGAGUGACCUCUCCUCGAUGCUGCAGAGAAGCUCCGCCCCCUCUCACCAUCACCCAAAUCACCAUGGUUACGGCAGCCAGGGCCAGGUGUCGGGCCUAGCGCCGAUGCUGGACUACACCACCGAGAUGGACCGGUACCGCUCGUCCAUCGCCACCUUCUACAAGACCAACGUCAACAUGAACAUGAACGUGACAAACUUCCCACAGUCGGCCAAACUGGCGGCUCGUCUGGCGGCCGCCGCUCCCAUCUUCCCCCCCGCCGCUGCCAGGCUGGGUGCCAUGGCGACAGCCCCCUGGGGUUGCCAUGACAACAUGAACAUGAACCACCCGGCGGCCAUGUUCUGGGGCAGGCCCAAACCCGUAGCUACGGCGCCAACGCAUCACCACCACCACCCCUCGGCGACGCCAGGUCACAUGACCUCUUCGCACCCCCACAGCAGCAGCAUGCACCAGAGCGGCGGGGGGCCCGGGGGGGGAGGGGCCGCUGGCGGGACUGAAGGGGGAGGAGCUGAGAAACAGGGACACACUGCGUCACUUCCUGUCAGCCAGGGAACGUCGCACCAUCACCCGAUCGCGCCGAGCAACGGGAACUUUCUCCCUGGUUACAGUGGCGGGGCCGACUGUGGCGUCAUGAACAAGCAGGGACACGCCCACCCGGACAUGAUGGGCCUAUCGGAGGGCGGCAACUGCAAUGGGGGAGGAGUAAUGAGCGGUGGCUUCCUGGGGGGGCUGGGAUUACCCCCUGGGGUUAUCGUCAUGGCGAUGGGAUCCGCAGGAGGCGGGAUUUCUGACGCCAGCAGCGCUUUUCAGAUGACGAGCGGCCAGCGGGCGCUAACGGACUGCCAGCAGCACACCAACUCCUCCCCCUGCCCCUCCUCCUCCUCCCCUUUCAUCAUCAGGGGUGACAGCAGGGGGUGUCUCUCUCUCUCAUCAUCUUCAUCGUCGUCAGGGACAGUGGCGAAGAGGAAGCGGAAGCGCUGUGGCGUAUGCGGCCCGUGCAGACGACUGAUCAACUGCGGCGUCUGCUCAUCCUGCCGCAACAGGAAGACGGGUCACCAGAUCUGCAAGUUCAGGAAGUGUGAGGAGCUGAAGAAGAAGCCCGGUGGAGGAGGUGGGGUGCUGGAGCGGCCGCCCUCCGUCCCAGCCGGUGAGGCGUUUCGCUGGUUCUUCUAGCCUUUCCUUCACCAGUGGAGUCACCAACGCAGACACACCUGGACUGAAUGAAAUUCAGCCAGAGGACUUUGGUCUGAACCAGAGCAGGACUUUGUCGCGUGUGGAUAGUCCAGAAAUCCUACAUGGACUGGAUGGAGGACGAGGAGGAAGAGGAGGAAUCGCAGGAAAC